AAUUUGUCGUUAUUAUAUUUUUUGGUAAUAUAAACUUAAAAACAAUAAAAAGCUAAGCAACAUGAUGCACCCUGUACAGAGUUUGCUAACAAAGGUCACGCGGUUGAGCAUGGGACGGAUCAUAAAUCAACCGGUUUCUCCGAUCGUUAACGCCAACGCGGCCAGGUGGGCGGUGCACAGCCAGCAGCGUCACUAUGUGCAAAGGGUGGAUCAGUACCGCAAAAAGACGACCACAUUACAGUCGAUGCGCGAGUUCUUUAUGCAUCCGCUGACCUGGGAUCGCAACAAUGGCUAUCUGAACGUGGUGCUGGCCCUGGCAAUCUUUAGCUUUGUGUUCAUCAACUCGUGCACACCGUGCCCGGAGGAUCGAAUGCCGCGACACAAGAAAAACGAUAAUUGAGGGAGAAACUGCCGAACUCACCUGGAUUGCAGACGCAGACCAGACCCGA